AUGAGAGAGCCCUCCACCUACAAGUGGCGUCGUACCAGCGAUCCCGCUAGCGGAACAACAGCUUUUAGACGCCCUCUGGGGCUGACGGAAUUGCAGUUUUAUUGGGAUAGCAUAUUUAAUGGAACUGCUGUAAAUACUUUACAUGCAGUACUCGACGUAGAUCCGACGUUUGAACAUCGUAUUUUCGCCAGGGACAACCUUGAACUUACGUGGACGCGACUCAAGCAGAGGUUUCCCUUGCUCGGUGCAUCUGUGGAAGAAGUCCCCGAUUCGGAUGUCGUUGAAUUCGUUCUGGAUGAGGCCUCUCUAUUCUCUAUUCGAUCUGGAGAAGUAUCCAUUAUUGACCUGUUGUUGUCAGCGGAUCACGUUGAUCAACUAGUAGGAUUCUUGCGAAACGGUCAGCCAGUACUAUCGAACGAAAUCAUAGCAAAACUUUGGGUCGGACCUCAGAAGGAUGUGCUUCAUAGAUAUCACAUCUUCCUUACCCUGCCGCACUAUAUUUAUGACGGCAUCGGAGGAUCGGUGCUCAUGCGCGAAAUUUGUCAAGAGUUGGCGUGUCUCUCAAAGGAAAAUCGUGUCCUCAACAUGUCGCUCAUGAAAAGGCUCGCUAGUCUCCUCCCUCAAGAUGCAUUGAACCCGAGCUAUGGGGCAAGUGUACCGCGACGACGAUGGCGCUUUGCGGUAGCGAAUAUUAUUCAUGGCUUACGUCAAGCUAGGCUUGCAGGGGGUCAUACUCUCCCUACACUCCGGCCAGUUUCCUUUCACGCGCCUGCUUCGUCACGCACAAUUGUAUCGCGCCUACCAGCUUCUAUCUUGCAACGAAUCGUCGAGACGAGUCAUGCGAUGAAAGUCACUUUGGGGAAUGCGCUGCCUGUUCUGAGUCAGCUUGCUCAUGCGCGCGUCCUGUACAGACGACGAGUUGGAUCAAUAUCUCAUCGGCUCCCGGAAAUCGGCGAUAAGGAGUGGGCAUAUCGAUGUAUUCAACCCAUGCAUUUCAUUUGUCCUUACAAUCUCAGGCCGUAUCUGGACUCCGCUUGGUACAAAUCGGGCGGUUCUCAGGACGUCUGUUUGGCGGUAGGGUUUCGCGAACUUGUUCUUCCCCCUAUGCCAACCCCAAAAGAUGUUCUUCUGGCGUCUUCAAUGCCCGCAUCGGCGCGACAACAGGCUAAUCCAAGUGAAUGGAAUGGGUCUUGCAACUCUUCGAACAGAGCUAUCAAUGCAACAAAGUCAGCAUUGUCCGAGGCGGACGGUGCCCCAGAUUUCUCUGUUUUGCUUUCUCGAAAACGAUUUUUAGCUCGAGUUCGUAUGGUUCAAGCGCAGACCGAAACUCUCUUUCGCCACCCUCUUUUGUCGGAGCUGCAAACGGCACGGAUGCCAGAAGCUAUCAAUCUGUCCAGAACUGCGGCAUUAGCUUGGCGUUCUAAACAAAACAGCCAAAAUGAAGAAAACGGACAUGUCUCUGAUUUUGUUACGUUCCCCGAAGUUGGUACCUGCGUGUUCUCAAAUGGUGGGGCAAACUUUGGUGACAGGGACGCACUUUUUCCGCUCGUAUACCCUCUUCCGUCUUUAUCCGUAGCUCAGUCUCAACCUGCGCGUCUGUGGGUUCGUGAUACGGAAAUCUAUCUGCGAUGCCGUCCGGGCGAGCUUUACCUCGGUGCAUUUACCUCAUGUGGAGAUCUCAAGUUCGUCACGUUCGUGGAUGCGAACGUCUAUGAUCCGGAUAUCGUACAAGAGUGGAUGGAAGAUGUCAAAGCUGCCACUGUUUAUUAUCUUGGAAGUUUGAGUGAUGAAGACGUUGGCGGAGCGAGAGCGAAGCUUUGAUGGAGGGUUGUGCACUGGAGAAGGGCAUGUCGGUCCUUGACGAAUGGCAUGGCUAGCCAGUGCCACUCAUUUGGACGAUUGAAGCACCACACGCAUCGCAGCACGAUUGGGUAUACUACACGGCAUACUUGUUAAUACCCAUUCCGAGUUGUCGAGAAGACUUACGCGCCUUCGGCGCUAAUAUGUACACACUUCGGUCCUAUGCCCUAGGCUAGGCCAGAGACUCUUCACCAGAGAAUGAAUACCCACUGCAGCUCCUGAAGCAUGGUUAAUAGAACUCAAGAACGCCACAUCGGACGCAGUUGAGAAAUGAACAGCCUGCUAUGAUUCGACAAAGCGUCAUUGACCUCGACGGUUUGAAUUGUAGAAGCCCCGCUCCUCGGAGCUUUCUGAACGAGGCAGAGGUAGAAUUGAAGACAAAGGCCUAGCCCCAUUCCAGCAAAUUGAUAUCCUUGACGCAUCCUGAAGUGACUCCGAGGACCUUCCUGCUAUCGAUUGAAAACUAAUUUGAGAAGAGGGAGAAACUUGUUGCACGGGUGUGUUGGUUAAUGACUUUGAGCAGCCUAUGCCAGCAAGUGCAGUGGAACAUCUCG